UAAAAUAAAAUCAAAUCUCUCCUUUUAUUUAUUUAUUUUAUCAUUUAUUUAUUUUUUCCAUUUUCAAACAUAAAAUCGAAAUCACCAAAAACAGAGAAAAAUUUGCAGCCAUUAGAUCAUGUCUCAUUGCGUUAAUCUCCGCCAUCGACGCCGAGACCACCAUAGCCGGAGAUUUUAUCCAGUGCAUGCAUAGGCAUUUUGUCAGAUUUGCAGUAGAGGCACAGCCAAACCGAUGGGCCGCUCGAUGAUCAAUUUUGUUGAUGGUAAAGAAACUGGGUUUUGACAGGGAAAAAAGAUCCAUUUCUUAGUAUGUCUGAAUUGGUGGCCCGCACAGGUCGACAUCAGCAGCGGUACGAUGACGGUUGUCGCCUUGUCGCCGGGCUUUAUUGGGAGUAAUGGAUUCUCUUUUCUCCUACUGUAACUGGCCAAUUUUGAUUAUAUUUUCUUCUCAUGGGUAUUUGGUGGGACCUCUCUCUCUCUCUGUCUCUCUUGGGAGUAUUCAAUUUGAAAGAGAAUAGUUGGUGAGGUGAUCCAUUAAAUGGUUGUAGGAUGGAGUCUAUUGGAGGGAAUUUACAAAUGUUGGUCGUCAAAGGAGCUGUUGAGCAUAUUCUUCUAGAAAGGAUUUGAUAUUGACAGUGUGUAGAGUGUACAAAUUUCUGUAUACAUGAAUUACAAGGAAACAAUAUGUCAUCUUUUUUAUUUUAAAAUUAUUGAACCUAGAGAUGCUAAUUUUUUAGUCUCCCCCCACUUCUCUCUUAUUUGAUUCUCUUCUAUUUUCUAUUGACUUUUAACUGCCCAAUACAAUACACAUAUUGGUUGUUUAUUUCUUAAUGGUAAGAGAUCUGCAUGUUGAGGAUUCCUUUUCUUUUGUAUGGCUUUUUUUUAAAUGGUUAUAUACAGCGGAUGGCCCUCUCUUCGUGGCAUGGACAUGAGGAUGGGAUAUUUUACUUUCGCUGUGCCAAUUUCUUUGUGCAUUCUCCAGAAAUUUUAACGUGUUUAAGUUUUUGUUGCCUUCCUAUUGGACUUCCUUUGUGUGCCUUUUGGAUAGUAAUAUCUUUUGUCUUUCUGUGAAUUCAUAUUGUGUUAGCUGAAUGGGUGGCAGUUAGGAUUGUUUAUGCCAAAACAUUUUGUAUCAUCUAUGAGAAUGUCACUGAUGGAUUUUGCAAAAACAUACAAUUUUUUUUUUGUCUCUAAUCACUAACUCUGCAGUUUAUAUGGACAGGUGUAUUCCUUUUAGGUAUAGAAAUUACAAUGAAAAUGAUGAUACUGUUGCUGAGAAGAUAGUUGAGGUUCUUAUGAUCAACUCAACUAGUGGACCAGGUCUCUUGUUUCCGAAGGGAGGGUGGGAGAAUGAUGAAACUGUUGAGGAGGCUGCAGCGAGGGAAGCCAUUGAAGAAGCUGGAGUUCGAGGUGACCUAAUGGAUUUCAUAGGCAAUUAUCACUUCAAGAGUAAGACUCUGCAAGAUGAAUGUUGCCCAGAAGGUUUAUGUAAAGCUUCGAUGUUUGCUUUGUUUGUGAAGGAGGAGCUUCAAUCAUGGCCUGAACAGAGCACCAGAACAAGAAGUUGGUUGACUAUAUCCCAAGCGGUUGAGAAUUGCCGACAUAAAUGGAUGGAAGAGGCUCUUAAGCAAUUCUCUAUCUGGCUCGAAGAUCAGAUGUAAUCAAGAUCGACUUUUUGUGUGCAUAAAGAGAAACUUCACGCUCACAGAUUCUUGAUAGAUGCUACUGCAUUUUUCAUCAUCUCUUGAGAGUGUCAGAAUUGUACCAAAAUCUUAGACUGCCAAGCUCUUUUUUUAAAAAAAAGAAAAAAGAAAAGAAAAAUUAUAUGUUUCAGCCAAUUUCAUAUUC